UAUUUAUUUCCCUUGCCUUCUUUUUUGGAAUGGGGGUUGGUCAGCUAUCAGAAGUAGAAGAGUAUUAUAAUAAGGAUCUUAGCCGAGAAGAAGUGAUAGAAGCAUGGUACAUGGAUGAUAGUGAUGACAAUCAAAGGCUUCCACAUCACCGUGUCCCAAAUGAAUUUGUGUCUCUUCACAAGCUUGCUGAGCUUGGAGUGCUCAGCUGGAGACUUGAUGCUGAUCAGUAUGAGACUGAUGAGGAGUUGAAUAAAAUUCGAGAAUCACGUAAAUAUCUUUACAUGGACAUUAUUGAGGUUUCCCCAGAUAAAUUACCAAAUUACGAGGAUAUGAUCAAGAAAUUCUUUGAAGAACACCUGCACAUUGACGAGGAAGUCCGUUACUGUCUCGGAGGAAGUGGUUAUUUUGAUGUCCGGGAUCGUAAUGACGCUUGGAUUCGGAUUUGGGUAAAGAAAGGAGGACUGAUUGUUGUGCCUGCUGGAAUUUAUCAUCGUUUCACACUUGAUUCAAGCAAUCACGUUAAGGCAAUACGGCUGUUUGCUGGUGACCCAAUUUGGACAGGGUAUUAUCGUCCACAUGCAGAUCAUCUGCCUGCGAGGAAACAAUAUGUUGAAACUUUUGGGGUGAUCACAGAAGGCACUGCUCAAGCAAUUAAUGAUGAUGCUAUCGAUAAUGUUGACGAACUUUAAACCUUUUUAGGCCCUAAUAAUAUAAGAUUUACCGUGGUUGUUCUCUAGUCCCAGAUGUACAUACCUCUGCUUGCCAAAUGUUGAAUUCUAACGUGUAAAUGAUCUUUUAUCGGAGAUUGAACUUUAUAGUGUUAUACAGGUGGAGCUCUUGGGUCCUUUUUUUUAA